ACCCUUUAUUUUGGAAAGAAAGAGCCUUUUGCAGGUUUUUUCCAUUUCUCAAGUGGCAGCUUAAUACCGAAUAUAGUCCUGGUGCUGUGGGAAGCACACCUGUUAACAGUCUCUCAUUUCGUUCUUGUAGUAGUUCUAAGCGCUCAUGCCCAUUUCACAGGUGAGGAAACUGAGGGAGGCAAUGAGGAGCAGUGAUAAAUGACCUGUUUUGGAAUUAGAUGUUUAAUGCGAUGAGGCCAUUCCAGGGGUUAGGAGUCAGCUGGUGAGUUAUUUCUGGCCCCACUAUCUUCUUUCCAACUUUGGGCAAGCCACUUUAUUACCUUGAGUCCUGCUUUCUUUAUCUUUGCGAUGGGGACGAUAAUUGUAUCCGUCUUUUUUCAACCUGCACAAUUUUUUGAAAUAACGCCCAUACAGUGCUGCUUGCAGAGUGCCUGAAGUGUGACGCGUGGUGGGGACUUCACAGUUAGUGUGAGGAACUUCCCCGAGGUCACACAUUCAGGAAGCCUGGAGCCUGGUGUCUCAGAUCUCCCAGGUACUCGCUUCCUCAACCUGCUAACCAUCAGCUGCACUCCUGCCUACCUUUGUCAGAAUUGCACUUUUCCUAAUACUUUCUAUGUUCUCUCAUUCGUGUUUUAAACUUGUUGUGUUUCAGACCUAGACUAAAAGUGGAAAGCUACCUGUACUCAUUACACUUUUUAGAAAAUCAUGUAUCACCCAGGAAGUUUGGAGCAUUUUUUGUGUUUUGUUAACAUCAGUGGUGUGGGAAUCCUUUCUUCCUUCACUGUGGGCUAACAGCGUUACUUGUAAAAAGCAUAUCUUGACCUCUUUAUUGAAGUAUGAAAUAUGUUGGGGAAGUAUUAAAAAACAACAACUCUUCCCAACCUGGAAAAACCUCUCCACAAAGGCAGAAGAGAAAGCAAAGUUUAUUGUUGAGUAACAUUAAAUCAUCACGGGACGUGGUCACAGGCAGCCCGCUAACAGGAUUGCAAAGACAGAACUCUCAAUCUCAUAGAGCCAGCUCAUAUGUUAGAUUCGAUAUCAUUCGAAGGAUCCUCACGAGGGUUUUCGGAUGCAACAUCAUCAUGGUGAUGGGAAUCACGGACGUGGAUGAUAAAAUCAUCAAAAGAGCCGGUGAGAUGAAUGUGUCACCUGCUUCUCUGGCCAAUCUUUAUGAAGAGAAUUUUAAACAAGACAUGGCAGCCUUGAAGGUUCUCCCCCCGACGGUGUACUUGAGGGUAACUGAAAAUAUUCCUCACAUCAUUUCUUUCAUCGAAGGAAUAAUUGCUAACGGGCAUGCUUAUUCGACAGCACAAGGCAACGUCUACUUCGAUCUGCGGUCAAGAGGAGACAGGUACGGCAAGCUCGUGGGUGCGGUCCCCAGUCCCACCGCAGAGCCAGUUGAUUCUGACAAGCGGCACCCCAGCGACUUUGCCCUGUGGAAGGCAGCUAAACCCCGGGAGGUGUUUUGGGCCUCUCCUUGGGGAAACGGGAGACCUGGCUGGCACAUCGAAUGUUCCACCAUCUCAAGCUUGGUGUUUGGAAGCCGGCUGGACAUCCACUCGGGCGGGAUGGACUUAGCUUUCCCGCAUCACGAGAACGAAAUCGCCCAGUGCGAGGCCUUCCAUCAGUGCAGGCAGUGGGGAAAUUAUUUUCUGCAUUCUGGGCAUUUGCACGUGAAAGGCAAAGAAGAAAAAAUGUCCAAAUCGCUGAAAAACUACAUCACUGUUAAGGACUUCCUGAAGACGUUCUCCCCCGACGUCUUCCGGCUCUUCUGCAUGCGAAGCAGCUACAGGUCAGCCGUGGACUACAGUGACGGCACCAUGCUGGAGGCCAAGCACCUCCUCCUGGCAGCAGCCGCGUUCAUCGAGGACGCCCGGGCCUACAUGAAGGGGCAGCUGGUAUGCGGCCCCGUCGGGGAAGGCCUGCUGUGGGAGAGGCUCCGCCACACCAGGGAGGCUGUGAAGGCUGCGCUGGCAGACGACUUUGACACACCUGCGGCGGUGGACGCGGUCAUGGACCUCAUCCACCGCGGGAACGGACAGCUGCAGGCACGCACUAAGCGCCCCUUUUGGGUGAUCUGCCCCAGGAGCCCAGUGGUCCCAGGAGUCCUGCCGUGUUCGGCUCCAUCGUGUCCUACAUUGAACACUUCUUCGAGACCGUCGGGAUCUCUCUGGCGGACAGACAGUUCGUUCCAGGCGACGACAGCCAGGCCACUCUCCACAGCGUGGUGGAGGAGCUGGUCCGGUUCCGGCUCAAGGUCCGGCAGUUCGCGCUGGCCAGUGGAAAGGCCACCGGGGAGGCCCAGCGGCAGCAGCGGCUGGACAGGCAGCCCCUGCUGGAGGCAUGUGACGCUCUGCGCCAGGACCUCACCGCCCACGGCAUCAGCAUUAAGGACAGGAGCAGCACGUCCACGUGGGAGCUGCUGGGUCAGGACCACAGACCAGGGAGCUGAGGGCUCCCGACACAGUUCUGUAAAAGCUUUACAUUAAAGUUUCCUAUUGUAGCUGUUCAGUGAACAUGGAAGUAAAUCAGUGACACUGUA